CCCACUUUCCAUUCUUCUCCAUUCCAAUUUCAACACAAACAACAACUACCCCAAACUUCAUAAGCAUCUUCAUCAUCUCACUCUCUUCACAAGAACAACAAGAAACAUGCCACCAUUUGCAGGCUCUCACCCAUUCCAACCAAAACCAGACACCAACAUAGUCACAAUUGAUGUUGGUGGUCAAGUCUUCCAAACCACAAAACAAACACUAACCUCAGCAGGUCCCAAAUCCUUCUUCUCCAGAAUAGCUGAAGCUUCACCAUUCUGCACCCCCUUUGUUGACAGAGACCCUGAAAUCUUCUCCCUCCUUCUCUCCCUUCUCAGAACAGGUAACCUCCCUUCCAAGGCCAAAUCCUUCGAUCUCCAAGACCUUAUCAUCGAAUCCCAAUUCUACGGAAUCGAAAAUCUCCUCAUCAAUUCCCUCUCUUCCCCAUCUCAAUUCGAACCCUUCAACCUCCACAAAUCGGUUCUGUUACCCCUUAACGGAAGAGACUCCCCCUCCGCCGUCGCCACCACCCCUUAUGGAUCCAUCCACGUCGCACACGGCAGCAAGAUUACAUCGUUUGACUGGUCGCUCCGGCGAAAAUCCACCAUCCUCACCCACUUCACCGCCGUGGAUUCCCUCCUCGCUAUCUCCCCCUCCCUCGCCGCCGCCGGUGCCAACGACUUCUCCGGCCUCCAGAUCCUCGACCUCGAGAACGGCCAUGUCAGGGAAACCCUAAACUGGGAGAAUGUCACCAAAUCUGGAUCCACCGUCCAAGCCAUCGGGUCCUCCCCGGAGCAAAUGUUCGUCAGCUUCGAGUCCGGCCGUAGAAACUCCAACUCCAUCGUCGUCUAUGACCUCCACACGUUAACCCCCGCCACCGAGAUCUCCCACAACGAGAUAUUCGGCGCCGACAUCGAUUCCGCUAUCCCGGCGACGAAGCUUCAAUGGGUCUCAGAGCAUAACCUUCUAAUGGCAGCCGGGUCUCACAGCGGGCCUUCUGGUGUCUCCGGCAAUGUCAGAUUGUGGGAUGUUCGCUCCGGGAAUGUUGUCUGGGAGAUGGCGGAGAAGGUGGAUUGUUUCGCCGACGUGACAGUUUCAGAUUCUUUGUCAGCGAUUUUCAAGGUGGGUGUGAAUUCAGGGGAAGCUUUCUACUUCGAUUUGAGGAACCUGAGUGCUGAGAAUUCAUGGGUGUGUCUUGGUGAUAAGAGAAAAGUGAUGAAUGGGAAGAAGGAAGGGUUUGGUUGCAAAAUUGAAACACAAGGGAAUCAAGUGUUUUGCAGCAAGGGUGGUGAUGUGGAGCUUUGGUCAGAGGUUUUGAUGGGAAACAAGGGAGGGAGAUUGGAGGAGAGGAUCUUCAAGAAGAAUUUGAUGGGGAGGGUGAAGGACAUGGGAGGUGCUAAGAUUACCAAUGUUGCAUUUGGAGGGAGUAGGAUGUUCUUGACAAGGAAGGAUCAGCAAUGUGUUGAGGUUUGGCAGAGUUCUUCUAGGGAACUUUGAGUGGAGCUUUUUGUAUAUGAAAUUAUGAAGAACCUUGUACAUUGACAAUUGUUUCAAUCUUUUUGUAAGAAAUCUAUGUCAUCCAGCAAGGUAUGGAUGGAUCAUGGAUGGUUAGUUUUACGAGAUAAAUCAAAUCAAAGAUCAGUUUAUUCUUAUAA